GCUGUAAUAAAGUGGGGCUCCAUUGGGAACCGCCAAAAUAAUAUCUGGUGAUGGGCGAGCACUCCAUGCAGCAACUGCAACCUCCCACCCGACGCGUCAAUAGGUACCUUACCUAAACCCACCACCGAACAGAGUCGCCGGGUCGCUCUCUUCACCACGCCGCUCCGCCAUCAUCGUUCACAAAUGUAAUGACGACGACGACCCGACAGCCCCUCAUGGAGACCACCGAUAAUACUGCGACGAGCUCGCCCACUCCCACUUCAACUGCGCGCCGCAGUGGACGCGUCACGAAAGCCCCCGCCAAGUUUACCCCCGAACCGACUUCGCUCAGUAAGCGCAAGCGUGCGUCGGAACAUGACGACGGCGAGGACGGCGAAAAUGAAUCGCCCGAAGACGAAGAGGACCCUAAUGAAGACGACGAUCCCGACGCCAGUGAAGUUGAGCAGGAGCGCCAGCGGUCCAGGAAGAGGAAACCGUCAUCCCAGUCGACAAAGGCCAAGAAACCGGCUUUGAAAAAGCCAAAGAUCAAUGGAGAUGCGCCAUCGCGUCCCCAAAUACCAGCAGAACCGACUGCGUCCGCGCCCGCGCUGGCACUGAACAACCUUGCCAGCCUUCCUAGUAGGCCCAAGAAGUCUGCUCGAGUUGCAAUCGCCCAACCUGAGGGAGAGGGCCUCUACACCGAUAUUUUUAGGUCCGACGACCGACCCAACGAAGUUGCGACCCGGUGGUAUCACAAAUACCAGGCUGACCACGCCGAAGCCCUUACCGACCUCGUCAACUGCAUCCUCUUGUCUGCCGGAUGCGACCAGCGAGUGACGGAGGAUGAUAUCAGAGACCCUGAUAACUGCCAAAACCGGUUGGCGGAUCUACAAAAUGUUUAUGCCGAGGAGGGCAUUACGGAUUACCCCUUGAUUUCACGGGCCAGAACAACUAGGUCGUUCCGCGAUCUUCUAGUCGGCUUUUUCAGAUCCCUGGUGGAUGUUUUGCAUGAAACAGAUGCCCUGUACAAGGAUGUACAGAUACUGGAGAACAUUUCCAGAUGGGUGGCAUCCAUGUCCUCUUCGACGCUUCGCCCAUUCAGACAUACAGCCACCACCAUUGCGCUUGCUAUUCAAACGGCACUUGUCAAGGCGGCGGGGAUCUUGGAUGGGCGUAUCAGCAAUUACAUGCAGCAGCUCGAGAAGACGAAGGGCAAAGGAUCCAAGAAUGCCGGCCUUGUCGAAUCUAUACAACAAAACCUCACAGACGCCGAACACUAUCGUGAUGUUUGCAAGGAUCAGAUCCAGGACAUUUUCGACACGGUCUUCGUUCACCGAUACCGCGAUAUCGAUGCCAAAAUACGGACCGAGUGUGUUGAGGCGCUCGGCAACUGGAUUUGGAUGCUCCCCACGGUGUUCAUGGAGCCCGAGUAUCUUCGAUACCUCGGCUGGAUGCUUUCCGACGUGAUGCCACAAACAAGACACGAGGUCCUCAAGCAGCUGGGAAGGAUAUUCAAGAACCAUGCCGAAAAGCUCGGUCAUUUCAUUGAUCGGUUCCGGCCACGACUGGUCGAGAUGGCCACCAAGGAUUCCGAUGUCAACGUACGCGUAGUAGCCAUCAGCAACAUCCAGAUUUUGAAGGAUUCUGGCAAUCUCGAACCGGACGAGAUCGACUCUAUCGGGCGUCUGAUUUUUGACCCUGAACUGCGCAUUCGCAAAGCUGUCCUUGACUUCUUUGCUGGGUGCGUGAAUGAUUCCAUCGAGAACAAGGUGGAAGAAAUCGGAGGCGAGGACGCCAUCGACGAGUUGUUCCAGGACCAGGAUGAGGAGGACUUCAGCUCGCCACGGAGCGAUUGGGUCAGUAUCAAGUGCCUCGCUGAGCUCCUCGCUGCCUACGACACACAAAUUGAAGAGGAGAACCCCGUUGAGCCUCCGCGUAGUCUCGAUAUCGCAGUCGAUGCGAUUCCAGCUGUCGCCCCCGAGACCAGAAUCUCGCUGGCUGGACACGUCUUAUAUGAGAAGAUUGACCAGCUGAAGAACUGGGAGCUGCUAUCCGGCUAUCUCCUGUACGACCACUCCUCUAGCGCAAGCUCAAAAUCUGCGUCAAAGGGGGGUUCUGUUGAGACAGCCCUGCGGAGAGCAGUCGCGCCUGAGGGCAGGGAAGAAGCUAUACUGCUGGAGGUCCUCGCUUCUGCCGUGCGGUCGAGCCUUGCAGCUCCUGCUGAGCUUGAGAAGAGCAAAAAGCACUUGCGAGCAGAAGGUAUCCAUCUCAUCGGCCCGGAAGAGGCUGCUCGUAAGCUGGCUUCCAUCAUUCCCCAGCUUCUAAGCAAGUACGGGGCGGAAGCCCGCACGGCCGUUACCGUGCUACGACUAGAACACUCCCUGGAUCUCAACGUUUACCAGCAACUCGGCCAAGAUUCGACCACGUACGACAGGCUAUUAAACGGAAUUUGCACCCAGUUCGACAGGCAUAUCGAUAGAGGUGUGCUGGCAGAGACAACCACGGCACUGUUACAUGGAAGAAAGUACCCCGCGUUGGAGGAGACGAUAGAUGAGAAGGUGUCAGAGCUGUGGGAUAAGACCAUCAACAAGCUCCGGCAGUUCGACAAGUCUAGCGAGCUGGGUAUUCGUCGUAACCUUGAGGAGCCUGCCAUUAUUGAACUUGGCAACAUCCUUCUGAAGACCAGCAAACUCGUUACACUUAAGGACUGUAUCGAGGUGCUGGAGGCAGACGGCCAGGUGGAGGGCUCCGAGUCUCCAGCUAUCGAGAUUCUUAUCCGUAUUGUUAUGCGUGGCAAGCUCGACCAGGUUGACGAGAACUUGGAUGACCCUGAAGAUGAAGCAGUUUCUUACGCCGUCAAGACCUGCCUCUUCUACUUCAUGUGGAAGGCUCGUGCCCUGAGAGACGCGGUCAACGAGCAGAGGCCUAAUCCCGCCCUUCAGAUCGAACGUCUCAAUACCCUGCGCCAGUCCUUCGUCAGGAACCUCGUGUGGACACUUUCCUCGCGUGGAACCAACGAUGACCUGCGCCUCUUUUCCACCGGUGCCCUCUGUGACUUGCACGUCGCCUUUGCCUCGGUCCGACGUGUUAUCGAGCGCAACGCCGCUGAGGGAUCCGCCGUCGACUACUCGCUGAUCAACCCGCUCCUGGACCCCAUCGACCCCGGACUCACGCGCGAGCUAAUCGAAAUCUUCACCGCCGCCGAGCGCGCUUACGCCCGCUGCAUCAACAGGCAACUGAACAACCCAGGCGAAGACGAGGGGCCCAUCGGGCACUUCUCCUCGGACGAGGAGGAUGACGAAGACGAAGACGACAGCGAUCUCACGCCCGUGCAGAAGAAAAGGAAGGAACUCAAGGCGGAACGGGUUCUCUGCGAGCUCACGGGCAAGAUGGUGCUCGCCAUCGUGGCCAAGGUGCUCGACCAGGGCGGCUCGGGACAGGGUGCGGCCGGCAAGAUCAAGAAGCGGAUGGUCAGGAACCAAAACAAGCUUGGUCACAACUUCAAGGAGACGCUGGCGUAUCUCGUGGAUGAAGGCCGAGCGGCGAGGGUAAGGGAGGCGGCUGCUAAAGCGGCUGGCAAGAAGAAGAGACCGGCUGCUACCGCGCCUGGCUCAAGGGCUCGAAACAGCAGACCUGCGGCUGCUGGAAACGCUGGUGCUGCGGCGGCUGGGAAGAAGCAGGCACUCAGUGCGGAGAUCAUUGCUGCGGAGGAUGAUGAUUCAGAGCUGUCGGAUAUUGAAAUCGAGGAGGAGGAGCCUGAGGCCGUUCCCGAGCCUGAAGAGGAGAGAACCGAGUUGGCUGAUGAUCCUAUUGAGGAUAACGAUGAGGAUGUAGGCGGAGACGGAGAUGGCAAGAGUAAGAAGGACGAUGAUGGUGACGAAGACAUGGAUGAUGAGUAAAUAUCUGCUUGGGGGCAGUUAUGUAACCACACCACAGGGUGACGGUUUCAUGGAUGGGAAGAGAGACAAGAUGCGACUCGGACACUGUUUAUUUAAAUGAUUGGGCGGCAGGCAUGCAGGCAGGCUUUUUACUUGAGGACUCGGAUUUCAAUUGUUUCGUUCAUUCAUCGUGUUCUCUCUCGGUUCUUAAAGUCGCUAUUAUAAUGGAUUCGAAAAGCAGUUACGGUGGUCAUGAGUUCAUACCUAGGCACAUAGGGCGUGACUUUUGCCGGCUUCUUUUAAGUCGUACAGCACAGCUCAUUGCGAUAAAGUGUAGUGGUGCAAUAGUCUUAUCGACCAAUAUGGAUCAGCAAAUAGGUAUCAUCCAAUUCAUACACAUAUCUUGGUACCAAACAUC